GCAUCUGGAGCUCACACAACAUCCGAGGAGAGCAUUCUGUGCGGCGUCUGUGUAGUGUUGUGUGACCAAGAGUCGAUGAUGCGUGAGAGGAGACGUUUCGAAUGGUGAAAAGGCGCCCAAUUAUGAACGGAUUUUUGAAAAUUUCUCAGUGAAUGCAAGAUGCGGUGCCCGGUGUCUUUGACUGUGUUUGUUCUGUGCGUUUUUGGACACGCUGGCGGCCAGGAGGCCGAUAUCACGCCGGUCAUAGGCCGGAAGGGAACGAGGUGCUAUGACAAGUUCAAUAAGCCUCAGAGGUGUAUACCUGAAUUCGAGAAUGCAGCUUUCAACGUUUUAAUGGAGGCGACGAAUACGUGUGGAGACCAUGGCAAAACGGAAUAUUGUGUUCAAUCGGGAGUGACAGGUCUUAGGAAAUCUUGCGAAGUUUGCUACACCAACGACCACCAAGCGAGAUACCUCACUGACUUCCACAACCAGGACCAGCCCACGUGGUGGCAGUCCGAGACCAUGUUCGAGGGGAUACAGUUCCCUAAUCAAGUGAAUUUAACGCUUAAACUGGGGAAAGCGUUUGAUAUUACGUACGUGAGACUGUGGUUCUAUUCGCCGAGGCCUGAGAGUUUUUCCAUUUUCAAAAAAACGGCGGAGAAUGCAAGCUGGAUUCCCUACCAAUAUUACAGUGCGUCGUGCCGAGACACCUAUGGUCUUCCGGACACUCAGCACACAACACGAGGAGAAGAAACAAGGGCACUUUGCACGUCCGAAUAUUCGGAUAUUUCGCCCCUGCGUGGUGGAAACGUUGCCUUUUCUACGCUGGAAGGCAGGCCAUCUGCUUACAAUUUCGAAGCUAGUCCUGAACUUCAGGAAUGGGUGACAGCUACAGACAUUAUGAUCGUCCUCGACCGUCUCAACACCUUCGGCGACGAAGUCUUCGGUGACCAGCAAGUCUUGCGCUCCUAUUUUUACGCAAUCGCCGACGUUGCUGUAGGUGCCAGAUGCAAAUGCAACGGCCAUGCUUCCGAAUGCAUCACUUCCACCGGAGUCGACAGCUCCAGAAGGAGGGUGUGUAAAUGCGAACACAAUACAGCCGGCCCGGACUGUAAUGAAUGCUUACCGUUCUAUAAUGAUGCUCCGUGGAAGCGAGCUACUGCUCGAGAUGCACAUGAAUGUAAACAAUGCAAUUGCAACGGGUUUUCUAAUAGAUGCUACUACGACGAAGAAUUGUACCGAUUGACCGGACACGGAGGCCACUGCUUGGACUGCACAGCUAACCGAGACGGUCCCAACUGCGAACGCUGCCGAGAAAAUUACUACAUGCGUGAGGAUGGCUAUUGUAUCGCGUGUGAAUGCAAUGAAAAAGGCUCCAGGAGCCUCCAGUGCAACUCCGAGGGGAAAUGCCAAUGCAAAUCUGGAGUCACCGGAGAUAAGUGUGAUAGGUGUGCUGUCAACCAUUACGAGUUUAGCGCCACCGGAUGCAAAAGUUGCGGAUGUUCGGAAGCCGGCUCUGUAAACAACGAACCAAAUUGCGAUCCUUACACUGGAGUUUGCUACUGCAAGGAAAACGUCGAAGGGAGAAGAUGUAGAGAAUGCAAACCCGGCUUUUUCAAUCUAGACAAAGAAAACGAAUUUGGGUGCACUCCGUGCUUCUGUUACGGCCAUUCUUCCGAAUGUUACUCGGCGAGAAAUUACGCCAAACACUUAAUCGACUCAGUUUUUUCAAGAAGCUCCGAACGGUGGCAAGCUGAAGACGAGUAUGGCAGAGAUGUUGAAAUCGAACACGUUCCUUUAGCACACAGUAUUAAAGCUGAGGCACGAGGCGACGAAACUGUCUACUUUUUGGCAAAUGAGCGGUUUCUGGGCGAAAGAAGGUUUUCCUAUAACCAACUCUUACAGUUCAGUUUUUGGAUUGGUGACUACGAUCGGCCUAUACCCACCGCCACUGAUAUUAUCUUAGAAGGAGGUGGAGCGUCCGUCACCAACACCAUUUUUGCCCAACAAAACAAGAUUCCAACAAACACGAAGCAAAAAUACAGUUUCCGGCUUCAUGAGCACCCCAAUUACGGCUGGCAACCCCGCCUUUCAGCCCGCGCCUUCAUGUCUCUCUUGGACAACAUCACCGCUAUCAAAAUCCGCGCCACCUACGCCCCUCAAGGUGUCGGCUUCCUCACCGAUGUGAAGCUCGAAACAGCGGCUCAAAAAGUAGCCGGCCCUCCGGCCCUUUGGGUCGAACAAUGCGUCUGUCCCACCGGCUACGUGGGCUACUUCUGCGAGUCGUGCAAACCGGGCUACCGCCACUUCCCUUCACUUGGAGGCAGAUUCAUGCCUUGCAUCCUCUGCGACUGCAACCAACAUGCGCAAAUUUGCGACUCCGAGACCGGGCGAUGCAUUUGUGAGCAUAACACAGCCGGGGAUAAUUGCGAGUUUUGCGCAAGGGGGUACUACGGUAAUGCCCUCGGAGGUACUCCCGAAGACUGUAAGCCGUGUGGGUGUCCCGAUGGUGGCGCUUGCAUUCAAGUGGAUGAAGAUAUAAUCAUGUGUACGGAAUGUCCGGUGGGUCAUACGGGUCAUAAGUGCGACUCGUGUUCAGAUGGAUAUUUUGGGGACCCCACGGGGAGAUUUGGGCCGAAACAGCCUUGUACGCAGUGUGAUUGUAACCUAAAUAUUGAUCCAAACGGGAUCGGGAAUUGUAAUACGACCACUGGCGAGUGUUUGAAGUGUAUACAUAAUACAGGGGGGCCUAAGUGUGAAGUGUGUUUGCCGGGGUACUACGGAAAUGCCUUGGCGUUACCAAAAGGGGACUGUCAACCCUGUGAGUGUAACCCAGCAGGAACCGAAUCGAAUGGAGGGUCAAUUGAGUGCGACCGCAUCACGGGGUCGUGCCACUGCAAACCUCACGUCAUUGGAAGGAAUUGUGAUCAGUGUGAGGAUGGGUAUUUCAACUUGAGGAGUGGGGAAGGGUGCCAUUCCUGUAACUGUGAUCCUAUUGGUUCCUACAACCAAACUUGUAAUGUAUACACUGGACAGUGUUUCUGUCGACCGGGAAUUAACGGUCUUCGAUGUGACCACUGUGAACCUUUCAAAUACGGCUUCUCUUCUGAAGGGUGCAAAGAAUGCGAAUGUGACAAAAUCGGUUCAAGGGACCAUCAAUGUGACCCCUCUGGGCAAUGCCCAUGUUUGGACAAUGUCGAAGGCCGUAGAUGUGACCGAUGCAAGGAAAAUAAAUAUGACCGGCAAAGAGGCUGUAUCGAUUGCCCCGAGUGUUACAACUUAGUCCAAGACGCGUCAAAAGAACACCAAGAGAAGCUCGCAAAACUUAAUGAUAUCCUUGAUGAAGUUGAAAGACGGCCUACUGUUAUAGAUGAUGAUGAAUUUCCUUCAGAAUUGGAUAAACUCCAAACUAACAUUGAUGCUUUCCACGAAAAAGUGAAAAAAGCGACUGGGGAGAAUAGUAUCAUCCAACAAGUCCGCGAUAUAAGAAAUCGAGAGAAGGAAAUUUCGCGGACGCUUUCCGCUAUCGACGAGAAUGUCUACUUGGCCAAUGAAAAAGCAACCGCCGCUGAGCAUAACAUUGAAAACACUGACAAUCUGUUGGCAGAAACUGAAGAUAAAUUGAACGACGCGUUUGAAGAUUUGGACGUUCGGGGAAGAAAAGCUCUAGACAGUGCCUGGAAGCGGGCCCAAAUCGUCGGUCAACAAUCCGAUCGGAUGACCCAAAUUGCCCACGAAGCUCGAGAAAUCGCCGACCAACUUGACGCAGACGCGGAUGCUUUAACCCAAAAAGCCAACGAAGCUAAAAACAAAUCAAAUGAAGCUUACGAAAUUGCUAAAAAUGCCAUCAGACAACAAAACAAUGUUAGUGAGACUGAAAGACAAAUACGGUCAGAACUUGUAAACACUGAAAUCAAGCUUAACAAAACCAAAGAAUGGACGCAAGAAGUCAGUGACAGGGCGAGAGAAACCAAGAAAGACGCUUUAGCUUUGUUAAACGAAGUCACUAAUUUGAUCAUCCCUGAAAUUGACAUUACGAAACUUAAGGAAAAAGCGAAGAAAGUCAAACAAGAGGCUCUGCAAUUACGAAAUGACACUAAUAACAUUGUUUCUGAGAGUAAUAAACUUCUUGUGGAGAUAGACGAACAGUUGUACAGAGGGCGCGAACAACUAGACCGAGCUAAUAUCCAACAAGACGAUACUGCCGACUUGUUACAGGAAAUAUAUUUGUAUAAAAGUCACGCAGAAGCGGCGGUUAAGAUGGGUAACAACAUUUUGAAUUCGACUAAAGAGACGUACAAGAUUUUGACACAUUUUGAUAAACAGGUGCAGGACAGUAGAGCCGCGUCUGAGGAAGCUUUAAAAGAAGUUGAUAGUAUCCAAGAGGUGAUUGACGAUGCUUUCGACAAAGCUACAGAUGCGGAAUUGACGCUUCGGGAGGCUAAAGGCAACGCUGACGCAGCCCUGAAGAGAGCACUCCAAGCCGACGAACUUGCCAAAAACGCCUCAGCCAACGCUGAAAGUAUCAAAAACGACGCUGAUUUGCUGUUCCAGAAUGCCUCUGGAUUAAAUGAAGAAGCGGAUUUGAUGGCAGAUCGAGUGGAGGCGACCCAAUCGGCCUUAAGAACGCUCAUCCAGGAAACAAGGUCGAAUGAUACAUUGAUCAACCAAGCCAAAGAAAAAGUCGGUCGGGCUGGUAAGGAGACGGAAGAAGUGUCGAAGAAAGUGAGUGACUUGACGAAGAAUGUGCAAAGUAUUUUGGCCGAAUUAGGGAAUUUACCACAAAUUGACGACGAUGAGUUGGAUGUUUUGGAGAAGGAGUUAAAGGAGGCUGAAGAAAAAGUUAACGAAGCUAAACUGGAUGAGAAAUUGAAUGAGUUGCGAGAAAAACAAAAAGGACAGAACGAUUUGAUUAAUUUUUACAAGACGCAAAUUGAUCAAUUGCAAAGGGAAGUUGAAAACGUUGAGCAAAUUGCGAAAGCUCUUCCCGAAGGGUGUUUCAAGCGAGUCGAACUUGAACCUUAACUUUGUUCAGAUACUUAUUCUUUUAGGUUUUAAGUUAUAUACUAUAUUUUUUCAUAGUUUUAAUACCAAAGAUUCUAUCACAAUUUUAUACUAAGAAUAUUUUUAUUAUGUAGUUUUAUUACUGCCAUAUUUUGUGUUCUAAAAGUGUUUAGUAUACUCAAUUGUCUGUUGUAAAUAUUGUGUAUAAUUUGGAACAAUAAAAUUUCAAUUUUA